AACGCUCAUUUAUCAAAACAUUCCGUGGUGCGGUGAAACUCGUCCAACUUUUUGUCGUAAAUUGUGAUACAAAUGUGCUUUCAACGACUAAUUUAGCAUUUUAAUUGGAAUCAAAACUUCCUAAAGCUCAUCUAGAAAUUACCAUUUCGAGGAAUAAAGUGUUGAUUCACCACAUUCCCCGAUGCAUCAAAAUCUCGCCGCUCGCUGUGCUGAUGAGUCAUAGCCACACGCAGGCAGAACAAGGAAAGCAACAACACAGGAACAGUAAGUUGCAGACGAACGCCCAGUAGCCAGAAUGGCCGAAUCCGGAAUAGAAUCUCCGGCCGCCCCGGAAUGGUUGCUGAAGCUGGAAAGUCGCCGUGAACAGAUCAAGGCCAAGCUGAGCCACGAAAGCGGGAAUGGUGCACCGUGCAACGUUUGUGGAAGCUCCUGUCCCGGGCUGGAUUUACACUUUUGGCGUAAAAUCUGUCGCAACUGCAAGUGUCGCAAGGAGCAGCACGACUGCAUCGACGACGAUGUGAGCGGAUGGGCACAGUUUGAAAUCUUGGGCGCAAUCCGAUCCAAGCCGGCAUAUAUUCGCAUCUCCGAGCUUACCACCGAUAAGCCGGUGCAGCUGGCCUGGGUCCCACCGAACGUAACGCCCGAGCUGGCCUCGGACUACAUGCGCACGCUCGGCGAGCAGAACAUCCCGAUCGUGGGCAGCGAGGCGGCCGAGAAGCGCAAACAGCAGCUCGAGUAUCAAGUGCCCGCGCACGAUCUCGACACGAACCUGUGCCAUAACCUGACGCCGUACGAGGCCGGCCAGCUGAGCGAUUACGUGGAGAAGAUCAAAACGCACUGCGUCGGGCAGGGCACGGUGGUGCGCGUCGGUGGCGAUACGGCUGGCCUGGUGCAGUACGGCACGGUCGUGCAGCAGCCGGCGCAGAGCAUUGGUGGAACGGCUCCGGCCAGCAGUGCGCCGGUCGACACCGCAAACGGAACGAAGCGACCGGACUACAUGGAAAGUCCGGUGCUGUCGGACAAGAUGAAGUACAAGCUGAAUCUCAUGGGCAUCGGCAGCUCGGAAAUGGUGGCGCAAGCCAUGCUGUACGAUCCCGCCACCGUGCUCAGUGGAGUGGACCAGAGCGUACCGGAAGCGAUCGUGAAAUUCCACCAGGAGUAUCAAGCGAAUCCGAAGUUUCGCGCCGAAAUGGAUCACUUUGUGGAUCGGCUAAAGUUCCCGACCGCCCAUCAAACCGCGUACAGUGAACCGGUGCCAUAUGGUGAAGGCGGUGCCACGAUUGUACCAUCCGGAAGUAACGAUUCCGGGUUCGGGUCCAUCCCCGUUAGUCCAUCGCACGCCCAGCUGCUCGGGCCGAUGGAAGCGUUGGCACUGGGCGGUGGUGGUGGCGAGCAACGCGGUAUGCCACCGGCACAGCAAGCCGUACGGGAUGCGGUUGCCAUGACGCCGCACCACUGUACCGGCUGUACGCAACCGAUCGCGGUCGGCGAGGUCGCGGUAAAGGUGGACCGGGCAAGCAGCAGCGACCGGUCGAUCUGGCACCCGCAGUGCUUCAAGUGCAACCGGUGCGGAGAGCUGUUGGCCGAUCUGGUGUACUUCUAUCACGGUGGGGCCGUUUACUGUGGGCGCGAUUUGGCGGCAAUGCUGAAAAUACCGCGCUGUGCCGCGUGCGACGAGCUGAUCUUCACGAAGGAGUACACGGCGGCCGAGGGGGCCACGUUCCAUGUACGCCACUUCUGCUGCUACCACUGCGAUGGACCGCUGGCCGGGCAGCAGUACGUGAUGGACGAGCGGUCGGCCCAGCCGCUGUGUUUGCCGUGCUACAAGGGCCACUACGCGCAAACGUGCGCCACGUGCAAGCGGUGCAUCGGGCCGACGGAGCAGGGCGUCGGCUGGGACAAGAUCCACUGGCACAAGGAGUGUUUUCUGUGCAGUGGCAAACACUGCCAAAAGUCGCUGAUCGGCGGGCGGUUCUGUGUGAAGGCGAACCGGCCGUACUGUAGCGCACAGUGCACGAAGGAUAUUUAACGCACGCACGGAAAGGGGUGAAGCGAUGCCAUAGUAAGGGGCGGUGUGAGUAUUUUAAAUCUUCCUCCCGAUAAUAGUAAUAGUAAUAGGCAGAUUGGAAAGAUGCAUUUAACAAAGUCGAUCACUCGCAGGCUAGUCGAAAAGAUACGGUAUACGGUAUUUUGGGAGGUUUAAAAAAAAAGGGAAAUUUUUGAAAUUUUGAAUUUUAUUUUACGGGGGUUUUCAAGGAGUUCUCAUAGUUGUGGGACACUUCCUUGACUCUUUCCUAUUGGAAGUGAACUUCAUAAGUUGAAAAUUGGACUCGAUGGCGCACUUUUUGGACAUGCUCCUUCAAAAUUCCAAUUGGAUUUGUGCAACAAGGGUGCUAGAGUAAAAUUCCCACUACAUUUGGUUCAUUUAACAUAUGAAAGAGUCAAUAAAGUGUCCCACAGCUAUGCGAACUCCUGCAAAACCCUGUAAAUUACAAAAUAGGCAGCUUUAUCCACAAGGGAAAGGGAUAUAGUAUUUUGGGCUUCUAAAGGCCGGGCUACAUUGAUCGUACUCUCUGGCGUAAUUUUUAUUUUCACUAGCGCACCUGGCGGCGGCUGACCGAAGCAUUUUUCCAAACAAUUUGGAGUCGCUUCAGAAAAUAUAUAAUUUUUCCAUGUUUUUAACUUAAUUUGGACCAGAAAAGUUUUGUAAAAGGUAGAUGCACAUGUCUUGCACGCAUUGCAUCCAUUUUCAUGGCAAAAAACGAUGGAAAAACUACUUAAUUUUGAGAUCCGGCACGACCAUUCCCUCGAUGACCAAAAAAAGCUUCCACCAGUCGCCGCCAGAUGCGCUAGUGAAUAUCGAAAUUACACUACGGAGUACGAUCAAUGUAGCCCGGCCUUAAUCUAGGGCUAAGAAAAACAGGAAUUGAAAAACACUCGCACGUGCCUGAAGAGGAAGUUUUUUUUCGGCAAAAAAAAAAAUAGUCACAAUUAUUCAUAUACGUAUUUACCAUAAACAUAUAUUUUUGAUACAAUAUAUACGUGCAUGCACUCCAUUUAUCUCGAUAGCUGAUAAGUAUUUCAACAACAAAAGGAUAGUUAAGUGACCUGCCGCUUUGAAUGUGUAGGAAGAAGGUGCGUAAAGUAUAAUCACUCCAAGAAUCUUUAAAUGCAUUUUUAAAUACAAUAGAGUUAAAUCGAAUAGUGCCUAAUCACGAAGCCACGAAUCCACAAUUUUUAAACCAUGCCAACCGAACAAAUAUAGUACAACGUGUGUGUGUGUGUUUUUUUUAUAUAAUAAAAAGGUAACUAUUUUGGUGCCGAACUUGGGAACAAGAAUUGAACUAUUGCGCUACAGUAUUAUCUUCAUAUUGCUUAAAUAAAUCCAAACGAAGUGGAAAACACUUAAA